GAGAAAGGCCGGAGAAUGUCGUCCCAGGCAGUGGGCAACCAGACCUCCUCCGGGGCCACGGAUGACUACUCCAACUGGUACAUCGAUGAGCCCCAGGGGGACCAGGAGCUCCAGCCAGAGGGAGUGCUGCCCACCUGCCACCCCAGCCUGCUGACGGGCCUCCUCCAUGCCGGCCUGGCCCUGCUGUCGAUCCUUGCGCUGCUGUUGCUGGCUGUGCUCGUGAGGUGCCGCCGGCUCCGACCCCACCACGGGCCCGGCAGGCUUGGACUGCCCAGCUUGGUCCCCGUGGAUUUCUUGGCGGGGGACACGGCCUGGACAGUGCCUGCAGCUGUCUUCGUGGUCCUCUUCAGCUCCCUGUGUUUGCUGCUCACCACCAAGGACCCGCUGCCCUUCUUGCCCUUGGCUUCACCCCCCAGCCGAGAUGGAGAAACUGAGAGUCCAAGAGGGUCUUGGAAGAUCAUCGCCCUGCUCUAUUACCCUGCCCUCUACUACCCUCUGGCCGCCUGUGCCACAGUCAGGCAAGGAACCGCACAGCUGCUCGGCAGCAUGCUGUCCUGGGCUCACCUUGGGGUCCAGGUCUGGCAGAACGCAGAGUGUCCUCAGGCACCCAAGAUCUACAAGUACUACUCCCUGCUGGCUUCCCUGCCUCUGCUUCUGGGCCUCGGAUUCCUGAGCCUUUGGUACCCGGUGCAGCUGGUGAGAAGCUUCAGGAACACGGCAGGAGCGGGCUCUGAGGGGCUGCAGAGCAGCUACUGUGAGGAAUAUCUGAGGACCCUCCUUUGCCGGAAGAAGCUGGAAAGCAGCUCCCACACCUCCAAGCAUGGCUUCCUAUCCUGGGCCUGGAUCUGUUACCGAAACUACAUCUACACUCCACAGCGAGGAUUCCGGCUCCCUCUGAAGCUGGUGCUUUCAGCCACCUUGACAGGGACAGCCAUCUACCAGGUGGCUCUGCUGCUGCUGGUGGCCGUGGUACCCACCAUCCAGAAGGUGAGGGCGGGCAUCACCACGGACAUCUCCUACCUUCUGGCCGGCUUCGGGAUCGUGCUCUCAGAGGACAGGCAGGAGGUGGUGGGGCUGGUGAAGCAUCACCUGUGGGCUCUGGAAGUUUGCUACAUCUCGGCCUUGGUCCUGUCCUGCUCGCUCAGCUCCCUUAUGCUGAUCCGCUCACUGGUGACCCACAGGGCCAAUCUGCAAGCUCUGCACCGAGGGGCCGCCUUCGACCUGGGCCCCCAGCCCCAGAGUCCCCACCCCUCCCGCGAGGCCAUAUUCUGUUGGAUGAGCUUCAGCGCCUACCAGACGGCUUUUACCUGCCUUGGGCUCCUGGUGCAGCAGAUCAUCUUCUUCCUGGGGACCAUGAUCCUUGCCUUCCUGGUGUUCAUGCCUGUCCUCCAUGGCAGGAACCUUCUGCUCCUCCGAUCCUUGGAGUCCUCAUGGCCCUUCUGGCUGACCUUGGCCCUGGCUGUGGUCCUACAGAAAAUGGCAGCCCACUGGGUCUUCCUGGAGACUCACCAUGGACACCCGGAGCUUACCAACCGGCGAGUGCUCUACGCAGCCACCUUCUUCCUCUUCCUCAUCAACGUGCUGGUGGGCACCAUGGUGGCCGCUGGGCGCGUGCUCCUCUCCGCCGUCUACAAUGCCGUCCACCUUGGCCAGAUGGAUCUCAGCCUGCUGCCGCCUCGAGCAGCCACUCUCGACCCCGGCUACCACACAUACUGCAGCUUCCUGAAGAUGGAGGCCAGCCAGUCACAUCCGGCCACGACUGCCUUCUGCGCCCUGCUCCUGCAGACCCAGCAGCCCCGGCCUCCCCGGGCCCCCCAGGAUGGCCUCAGACAGGGGGAGGAAGAAGAAGGGAUGCAGCUGCUGCAGACCAAGGACCCCGUGGCCAGGGGAUCAGGGCCCAGGGCCCGCCAAGGCAGGGCCCGCUGGGGGCUGGCCUACACGCUGCUGCACAAUCCGGCUCUGCAGGCCUUCCGGAAGAGGACCCUGUCGGGUGCCCAGGUCAACGGAGCCCAGCCCUGA